AUGGAAAGUGUUAGUGGUGUUACUGGUGUAUCUGGAACCCAACCUGAGUUGGAAGCACCUGCUAUAGAGACUGUUACUCCUCAGUCUCAGCAGCCUUUGCCUCCACCUGUUCCAAAGAAAAGGAAAGAGGUUGAAUCCAGGGCUCCAUGUUGGGAUCACUUUGAAAAGAUCAAAGACAGUGAUGGCAUUGUCAUCAAAGGAAAAUGUAUAUAUUGUGCAAAAGUGUAUUGCUGUGAGAGCAAGAAACAUGGGACUUCUUCUCUCAGACUUCAUGUGGUAAACUGCCUUAAAAAUCCUCACUCUAAGGAGACAAGGCAGUCCCUACUCACAUUCCAACCUGCACCUUCUUCUGCUGGAACUCAAAGUAGUGAAGGAACUGAAGGGGUGUUGGGUUUAAAAUCCCUUCAAGAUGGACUAUCAGUAGGGACAUUUUCAAGAUAUUUUCUGAUGAGAGGGUCAACUUGA